AUGCUGUCUCCCUCACUGACACCUGCACCCGGCCGCGCCCCCUCCCCAGGCGCCCGCAACGGCGCGCGCGCGGCCGCCCGCAAGCGCGCCCGCAUGACCAGCAGCUGCACGACAGAGGACGGUGACGUCAUCAACGCGGGCGAGGAUUACUACGUGGCCCUCGAGAACUUUGACCAGGACAGCCACAUGGAGGACGGCGACGAGGCCUGCGAGGCGUGCGGCCGCUGCCAGCUGCUGGGCGGCAUGCUCGAGUGCGGGCAGUGCCUGCGCGGCUUCCACAUGCGCUGCCUGAGGCCGCCGCUCAGGCGGGUGCCCGAGGGCGAGUGGCUCUGCCCGCAGUGCGACGCGGGCGAGGAGGCGCCGCGGCCGUCGCGGCUGGUGACGUGGUGGCAGCGGCUGCUGUACGGGGACGAGGUGGUGGGGCUGGUCCACGUCAUCGGAUUCACGCAGGAGCUGGUCGAUGGCGAGUGGAAGGACGCGGCUCUCGUGCGCUAUUACGUGCUGCCCCAGGCCACCCACGUCGGCCGCCAGCGCCACCACGGCGCGCGGGAGCUGUUUUUGGAGCGCCGCACGAUGGUCGAGUCGCUGGACGUGCUGCUGAAGCGCGCCUACGUGCGCUCGCCGCGCGGCUUUGCAGAGUUUGACGGGCUCGGCGCCGAGGCGAUCCCCGCUGCAGCGCGCGCGCCGCCGCGCGACCCGCUGUCCGAGGCGCACGCGGCGCUGUCGCUGGCGGCGGUGCCGGCGGUGCUGCCCUGCAGGGACGCGGAGAAGGCGCAGCUCUCGGCCUUUGUGGACAAGGCUGUGCGGGGAGACGGCGGCGUGCUGUACAUAUGCGGUGUGCCCGGCACCGGCAAGACCGCCUGCGUGAUGGAGGUGCUGGCGGCGGCGCGACAAACGGCCAGGGCCGCGGGCACCCAGUUUGUGGCGCUCAACUGCCUGCAGCUGCCCAGCCCGCUGCACGUGUACAGCAAGCUGUGGGAGCGGAUCAGCGGCCAGCGGCUCGGGCCGGCCAGGGCGCGCGAGGCGCUGCAGGGCGCGUUUGGCGCGGGGCGGCGGCGCUUCAGCACGCUCAUAAUCCUGGACGAGAUAGACAUGCUGAUGACGCGCGACCAAGCGGUGCUGUACAACCUGUUUGAGUGGCCGCUCGCCCCCGGCGCGCGCCUGGCGGUCGUGGGCAUCUCCAACACGCACGACCUCGACCAGCGGGUGCUGCCGCGCAUAGGGUCGCGCCUGACAGAGGCAAAGCUCGCGUUCCAGCCCUACAGCAUACAGCAGAUCAGCGGCAUCCUCAGGGGCCGCCUGGCGGCCUGCUCGCCGGCGGCGCGGGGCGUGCUGGACGGGCAGGCGAUGGAGCUGGCGGCGCGCAAGGUGGCGAGCGAGACGGGUGACGUACGGCGCGCGCUGGAGCUGCUGCGGCGGGCGACGGAGAUUGCGCAGUACGAGCAGCAGCAGCAGCAGCAGCAGCAGCAGCAGCAGCAGCAGCAGCAGCAGCAGCAGCCGGCCGGCGGCGGCCCGCUUGUUCGCGCGAGCCACGUCAGUCGCGCGCAGCAGGAGCUGUUCAACGCCCUGCACAUGCAGCUGCUGCGCGGCACGUCGCUGGUGGGGCGGCUGCUGCUGGUCGGCAUUGUGCUGGAGGCGCGCGCCACGGGGCGGAGCCAGGUGGUGCUGCAGUCUGUCAUGCGGCGCGUGCAGGUCGACGUGUGCCCGCUGGUGGACGAGGACCCGCCGUCCGACGGCGUGCUGCAGCACGUGGCGGCGCGGCUCGCGGCGGCGCGGCUGGUGCUCGCAGACGCCGGCCACGUCAAGGCGCGGCUGCAGCUCAACGUGGCAAAGGACGACGUGGCGGCGGUCGUGCGGGACGACGGGCGGCUCGCGCGGCUGCACCAGCUGAUGGGUUGA